CUUCCUCUGUUUCGAAGCCUCCAUCUUCCAGGCCUGCUUUCCAGCCCUGGACAGGGAGCCCCACCGAGCAGCUAGGUCACCAGGCAGCUCUAAUGUGAGAUCUCUGAUGCCCAACCCCACCAGAUCUGCUCUCUCCUUCAGAACAGCCUAAGGAUAUGAGUAAGGAGGUGGGAAGGGGUGGCCCGUAGGGGCCAGCUUUGCAACCAUGGGUGAUGGUUCCUGUCUUGGCUAGACAAUGUGCUACCACAGAGGAAGACUGCAGCUGGAGAAAGGCAGAAGUGGCUAACGAUGGCUCCUGUCCAGGCCAGGAACUUGGAGUGCCAAGCCUAGGACCACACGAGCCUCCUUGAGAAGUGCUGGACUUGCUUCCUUCCCCUGCCACAGGAAGUCAGCAGCCACGCACAAAGGACACAGCCCUCUGCCUCGCCAUGGUUCUCAGGCCCUAAGGUGUCAGCCUCUGCUCUUGCUAGGCUCUCACUCCUGACUAAUACAGGUCUCAGCACCAGCCACGGAAGGGUCAGGUUGGGAAGCCUGGAGAGUCCUCGGGAAAUUCCCGCGCCCCUGCUGGCCAGAAAGUGCCUGGAGACCGACUUCCUUCAAGCGGAUCGCAUACCCUACUUCGCGUAGGGACACGCGGCCCUCUCCACCGAACUCCGCCCUUCCUCCCACCUUCUAUCCCACCGCGCCAUCAGCCCCCUACAUCCCCUUCUCACCAUGACCACUCGAGCUCUCGGAAAGCCAUCUGCACGGGUUCCCUGAAAAGUCGCGCGCAAAGGGCUACGAGUCGGUGACCCCGCGCCGCACGCUAGCACCGAAUAAUCCGAGCCCUAAGGACAAGCGUCGGAGGGAGAUCAGCCUCAGAUCCCCCGCUGCCAGCCCGCCCAAUCCUGGAGACACAGCGCGGGACACUGGCACUAGCUCCUGGGGACUCCGGGAGAACGGAUCUGUGGGCAGUUUGGGCCCGCGAAAGGGUACAGGCUUCCGUCCCCGCGCGGGGGCGCUGAAACAUUGACUUCGCCUCCCUCACGAGCUGCGCGGGCCGAGACUGAGUGCUCUGAGUGCACCCUGCCCUGGGAGCGGCCUGGAGGAACCCCAAGUCGGGACUCCCUUGUCGCAGACGGUUCCAGCAGCGUGAUUCGCGGACCCCAUCGGAGCCCAGCCUGCAGCCCCGUAAAACUGCAGCCCUUCUCGUUCAGGAAUCUGGGUUGCAAGCUGGCGUGGGAACCAGGGAGCGGGCCGCUGGACCCCCUGGAGCCGACGACUAGAGGAACUCAGGCCCGGGGACCGAGGGUGCGGCCGAGCUUGGAAAACGAGGUGCAGGCGCGGGGAACUCUGGGCGGUGUCGAGCCCAGCGUCCCUGCAAGGAGCCGAGAGAACGCGUGUUAGCGAGCAGCUCCAAACGACGCGCACCUCUAGCGGGACUUUGCGCUCACGCCCCCAGGGCGCCCAGGCUCCACCCCCUACCUGAGCCGAGGCACCGCCUCCGCCGCGCCAUUGGCUAACCUCUCCGCCCGUCAGACGAGCCCCCGCCGCCCCCCCCCCCCCCCAGGGCCUGGAGCUUCGCCUCUUAGCGCCCGGGCCGCUGGCCCGCGCCACUCUCCCGCGCUGCACCGGCCACAGACCCCGUUGCCGCUCCCGGCCGCUUGCCGCCGGCUCAGGGCGGACCAUGCGCCCUCCGAGCCCACCGCAUGUCCGCUGGCUCUGCGUGCUGGCAGGAGCCCUUGCCUGCGCCCUCAGACCCGCGGGCAGCCAGGCAGCCAGCCCGCAGCACGAGUGUGAGUACCUGCAGUUGAUUGAGAUACAGCGUCAGCAGUGCCUGGAGGAGGCCCAGCUGGAGAAUGAAACCACAGGCUGCAGCAAGAUGUGGGACAACCUCACCUGCUGGCCGACAACCCCGAGGGGCCAGGCGGUAGUCCUGGACUGCCCCCUCAUCUUUCAGCUGUUUGCCCCCAUUCAUGGUUAUAACAUCAGCCGUAGCUGCACUGAAGAGGGCUGGUCACAACUGGAACCAGGCCCCUACCACAUUGCCUGCGGCCUGAAUGACAGGGCAUCGAGUCUGGAUGAGCAACAGACCAAGUUCUACAAUACCGUGAAGACCGGCUACACCAUCGGCUACAGCUUGUCCCUUGCCAGCCUCCUGGUUGCCAUGGCUAUCUUGAGCCUGUUCAGGAAGCUGCACUGUACCCGAAACUACAUCCACAUGCAUCUCUUCAUGUCCUUCAUCCUGAGGGCCACUGCCGUCUUCAUCAAGGACAUGGCCCUCUUCAACAGCGGGGAGAUAGACCACUGCUCUGAGGCCUCGGUGGGGUGCAAGGCAGCGGUGGUUUUCUUCCAGUAUUGUGUCAUGGCCAACUUCUUCUGGCUGCUGGUAGAGGGCCUCUACCUAUACACCCUGCUGGCCGUCUCCUUCUUCUCCGAGCGGAAGUACUUCUGGGGGUACAUUCUCAUCGGCUGGGGAGUGCCCAGUGUGUUCAUCACCAUAUGGACGGUCGUCAGGAUAUAUUUUGAGGAUUUCGGGUGCUGGGACACCAUCAUCAACUCCUCCCUGUGGUGGAUCAUAAAGGCCCCCAUCCUCCUCUCCAUCCUGGUGAACUUCGUCCUGUUUAUCUGCAUCAUCCGGAUCCUGGUUCAGAAACUACGGCCACCCGACAUUGGGAAGAAUGAUAGCAGCCCAUAUUCGAGGCUGGCCAAGUCCACGCUUCUGCUCAUCCCCCUGUUUGGAAUUCACUAUGUCAUGUUUGCCUUCUUCCCCGACAACUUCAAGGCCCAGGUGAAAAUGGUCUUCGAACUUGUCGUGGGCUCUUUCCAGGGUUUCGUGGUGGCCAUCCUCUACUGCUUCCUCAAUGGUGAGGUGCAGGCGGAGCUGCGGCGGAAGUGGCGGCGUUGGCAUCUGCAGGGCGUCCUGGGCUGGAGCUCCAAAUCCCAGCAUCCGUGGGGAGGCAGCAACGGCGCCACAUGCAGCACGCAGGUAUCCAUGCUGACCCGCGUCAGCCCGAGCGCACGCCGCUCCUCCAGCUUCCAAGCGGAGGUCUCCCUGGUCUGACCGCCAGAGGCCGCCAGGCCCCUUCACACCCUCUCCACAACGGCCCCUGGAGCAGAGGUCUGUAGCGACACCGUUGGCUCCAGCUUUUCAUAGGGACACACUCCUUUGCCGCAGCCAGGACCGGGUCUAUGCUAGCUGGAGAGCGGGGAGCUCUAACCUUGGAGGAUGGUAGGAGGAUCCAGCAUCAGACUCCACCUCCCAAGGCCAUUCUGCCAGUCAUGCGCACAAAAUCUGCAUACACCUGGAAAGCAACCGCUUGCCCUCAAAGCUUUGGAACUCGCGGGGCAGAAGGUUCCGCCCGCCCUGUGGUGCCUAGAAUCCACUGGGACGCUCGUGUCGCUUUGGGUUAAGCGUUGCCAUUGAGACUCCUCUCUGAGGAUGCAGCCCCCUCCCUGCGUUUAUCUGCCAGCUCUUCUGGGUGGGUGAGUUCUUCUACCUCAGGCAGAUGGUUAUGACCUGGAGUUUCAGUUUGGGGAUCGCAGCUGUGUUGUGGUCCUCUCUCAGGAUGGAAUUGUCCCAGUGUAUCCUCAGACCUGGGAGCUCAGGGACCUACCUCUGGGGAGGGAGAAGACAACCCCAGUCAGUGCUCACCAAGUGACUUUGUCCAACAAAUAGGACCAGUCCCACUAGCCUUAUGUACAACCAAAGCAAUAUCGAGCUGCCUGCUCUGGGCGCUCAUCUACACACGCCAACCACUGCUGCAAGGGUCAGAGGCAUGAACACACAGGCCCCUUGAUCCUGAGGUCACCCUAACAUCACUGGUAGUGACACCUGGGUCUCGGUGAGAGUGGGUAUCCUUUCCCGUGGCUAGUGCGAACGUAAAGACUACCUUUUUACAUAGUAUGAUCUGCUGGAUUCUCUUGGGGUUGUACUACCACAGAUGCUAUUGCCCCACAGUCCCCAGUUCUUGCUGCCUUGGAGCGUGAUUAUGUGGCUGACAUAAAAGCCCAGGGGUCAAGGCAUCUUAAGUCCUCCUCCACCCUUAAUUCAACACGGCUUCUAAUCCAAGCAGUUGUCAGCAGGCCCCUGCAGAGCUGCACCAGGCUUGUACGACAAUAAACGUUGGCUCUGACAGGCUUAGUUCCCCUGGCCACUGUGGGUCUCCUGCUUCUCCUGAGAAGCUGUGUCACCUCUGCAGUGGUGAGAGGUGACCCACUAAAGCUACCACCCUUCACUCCUCGGACAGGCAGGAGCCACCUACUUCCAUGGGAGGACUUAUCCCAAGAGCCUUUGAUUCACAUUCGAGUGUGAAGAGAUUGUAACAGGGGUUCCGUUGUGACCCUCUCUCCCCUAAACCCAUCUGGAAGGAGACAGAUGCUGCCUCCGACCGAAUCAAAACAGCCAACGGAGCUGUCACAAACAGCAAGGGUUCACGAUCAUUCCUGAAAACACAGCAAAGAGGAUAUGCAGCCACCAGGUUGCUGCUGUCUACGGGCCAACCAAGAGGGUCGGGUCAGUGGAGGUUCCCCAGUGUAAGUCAGUGAGGAGAGGCCAUGUGGCUAAGGGAAAGGAGUAGACACAGCAAUGGGGCAAAGCAGGUGACAUUGGUCAGAGAGAGAGAGAGAAAGAGAGAGAGAGAGCACUCCCAAGGGUUUGUGCAAACACACUUGUGUAAACUUGUGGAGUUGUCUUGCUGAUGAAGCCAGAAGUGUAUGCUGGUGUGAAGAAGCCAGAAUGGGCUAGCAGGGGUUCAGAUCUGCCUGCAGUACCCCAUUUGAAAGCUGCUGCCCUCAGCAGUGAAUGGGCCCGAGAUCCCCCCCCCCCAGCAGUCUGUGUUGUGGCACCGGGGUAAGGCACAGGGCUCUGGAAGUGGAGCAGUUACCAGCCAAGAGGACAAAGUGGGUAAAACCAGUGUGUUCAAGAGAGGAAAGACAGCGUUGGGGCACCGCUCUAAGGUUAGGAGGUAAGAGGCUCAGUGGAGGGCAUUCCUGGAUAGAGAGAGACUGAGAGGCUUGGGUGAGGAGCUGAGAAAACUUGUGCUGGUAUCCUAGGUUAGUGACAGCCGUGGGGCUUCCAGUCCUUUGACAACACCCAGGUCCUUCUGGCCCUGCCAGGUACCUGUCUAGCCCGGAGAACUCAUCUCUAUCGCCACCUGGUGGACACUUCAAAGACUAUACCAGCUUUGGCCACCUUAGGGCUUAAUACUGUCAAGUAGGUCUCACACUGGGGGACAACCAACACAGAAAGCAGGGCUUGAGCUCCCAAAAGUGAUAUGUAGGCCAUAUCUAGGGCUAGCCCCACACCACGUCCUCAGAUCAAACCACUGACCUCAUGUGAGUCUUGCCUUGACCCAAAAGAACCUGAUGGAACCCAGCCCCUGGUGGCUCCUUAAAACUGGCCCCUACCCAUAGCCUCCAAGGGCAAAGUUCAGUUAACUGAAGCGGGUGUGGAUAGGGAACUGUACCGUCUGAGCACAGAGAAGCCCCGAGGAGACUGGUUUACCUGCUAGCAGAACGGCACUGAGGUGUUUGAGGGCUAGGAGAGGUGUUGGAGUCCCAAGGGAAUGUGUUGAGUGUCAGGGAUACCCGAGUAUGGCUGAGUCGAUGUUAGGGGUACUUGCCAGUAGAGACAGAGAAUGUCUAUCAGAUGGAGCUGAGAGAUGAGAAUGGGUUGGUUAACUCGGAGAAGGACCCAGGUCUGGAAAGGGUGCCAGGCCAUGGGCAGGAAAGGGAGGAGGUCAGUCAGUGAGACAAUGGCCUGGUUUGGGACAUGCUGAAUGUUAUGUCUGCAGGGUGUCUGAGAAGAGCCCCUCCAAGGCUUUUAGAUAUAUGACCUAAAGGGACAGAAAACGGAAAGACCGAGGCAGCCCCUUUGGAAGGAACAGUGAGCAUUGGGGCAAGUCCCCAGGCACCCCAUGGGGUGUGCUGGACACAAUCAGGAGAGGAGGCUGACUCAGCCCCUUCAUCCUAGCUGCCACACAGGGUCUGUUUCAAUGAGCAGUGGCCAGCUUCCCUACCCCCAUGUGGGAACAAGAACAGCUCUUAUCUCUCUGGGGGAAGGGGAAGGGGCGGAGCCACAGCUGCUAGUCAUUAAACACCCUGCUCUAGGCAGGGAUGGCCAAGAUAUUAAUAGCCCCGGGAGUCUAUGGCCCCGAAGACUCGGCCUCCCAGGGAAAGGACAGAGCAACCGCAGCAGGCCAGAGGGAUGUGUCAGGAGGCCAUCUUGGCAAUGCCCCAGCCUCCACACAAAGCAGAUGGGAGAACCAGAAAACAGAGAAGGAAAGUCCUGGUAGAGGCCGGUGUUGAACCCAACUUUCCAAAUCCCAUGGUCGUGCCUCAGAUAGUCUAUACGUUGUCAAAGAUGGGGUCAUUUGGCUGCGCCGUACCUGGAGACGCAGAAAGAGUUGAUCCGGUUAGCAAUCCUGAUUCCGUCUUGACAUAUUGUUUAUCCUGUAUUUUUGCAUUAAUUUUGAUAUUUUAAAAUACUGCAUUAAAAUAUUAUUUACCUUGAA